CCCGGUUACUUCCGCAUCGCGGAGCUCCACCAAUAGGAAGCGGACAGGAGUUCCUGCAGGACCGUCGUGGGCGCAGUGGCAGCUUCAGAAAUGUUUUAUAAACUUUUGAUAGUUGUUUUCCUCGCUGUUAGUUUACAGGGCACGCCGUCAGAUGGACAGAAAAAGAAGGAGACCCUGCUGUCAGAGAAGGUCAGUCAGAUGAUGGAGUGGGCCAGUAAGCGUGCAGUGAUCCGGAUGAACGGAGAGAAGUUCAGGAGGCUGAUCCGGGCCCCUCCACGAAACUACUCCGUCGUCAUCAUGUUCACAGCGCUGCAGCCGCAGAGACAGUGUGCAGUCUGCAAACAGGCGGAUGAAGAGUACCAGAUCCUUGCGAACUCUUGGCGUUAUUCGAAUGCAUUUACUAACAGGAUUUUCUUUGCAACGGUGGAUUUUGACGAAGGCUCAGAUGUUUUCCAGAUGCUCAACAUGAACUCGGCUCCGACGUUCAUCAACUUCCCGGCCAAAGGCAAACCGAAGCGAGCCGACACGUACGAGCUGCAGGUCCGAGGCUUUGCGGCCGAACAGCUGGCUCGAUGGGUGGCCGACCGAACAGACGUGCAUAUCCGGGUGAUCAGGCCUCCGAACUACGCCGGGCCGCUGAUGCUGGGUUUGCUGCUGGCGUUCAUCGGCAGUCUGGCUUACUUGCGCCGCAACAACCUGGAGUUCCUGUUCAAUAAGAACGUCUGGGCUUUCUCUGCACUGAGUUACAUCCACGGCAGCAGUCAGGCUCAGUUUGUGGCAGAGACUCACAUUGUUCUUCUCUUCAAUGCUGCGGUGACUUUAGGAAUGGUGCUGCUUCAUGAGGCUGCGACCUCUGACCUGGACGUUGGGAAGAGGAAAAUCAUGUGUGUAGCAGGAAUCGGGCUGGUGGUGCUGUUCUUCAGUUGGCUGCUCUCCAUCUUUAGGGCCAAAUAUCAUGGAUAUCCUUACAGCUUCCUGCUUGGUUAAAUGAAGACCCUCGGAGGAACUGUGGCAAAUAUUAAUGCGCAAAGUGCCUUAAUGUUUAAAACGAGUGAUCGAUUUGGUAGUUCUGCUUGAUCCUGUAUGUGCCUUUUUGCUUUCUUUUUAUAUAUUACAGAUUCGAUUUGAAAAGUUUUUAAUGAAAGUUUGUUAAAUUCAUGCGAUUUCUCUCCCUGAGUGUUGUAGUGUAAGGAAACGUGGUGUCGGUUACACAGAGGAUAAACUGAAGCAGAUACACUGUAUGGCAACGCUUGCUAACUAGGUUUCUUAGCGAAUCAAAUGCAGUUUGAUAUUGAAUUUGGUUCAAAUGCGUAGAUUUGGAAGACGCACAAAAGCAAGCAAGGUGUUUUCACUUCUACCUCAUAAAUGUGCAUAUCGAGUGUCCAAAGUCAAAUCAAAGUCGUCUAGCUUCUGAGGUGGUUCAGUAUGAGAUGGAGGGGAAAGCUCAGGGUGAAUGAAAGUGUCCUAAAUGUGGAGUGUUUGCUGUUGUCCUGCCUCAGGUGAUGAUUUCUGCCAUUAAAAGUG